CUUUUUUAUUUUAUUUUUUAUUCUUAUAAAAAAGAAUGGAUGCUGAAAAUGCAACAGUAGCAGCAUUACAAGCAAUAGAAUCGCUGAAAUUGCAACUUUUACAAACAGCAUGUACAAAAAGUAGCAGUAUUAGCACUUUAGCAUUCCUUAAAGGAUUCAUUGUGGGUCAAUUGAGUGUUAUUUUCGUUGUUGCGCUGGUACUAAGAUAUUUGUUCACAGAAGGUGUUCAACGCGAAAAGAGGCACUACGUUCCAUAUGCAUCAAGAGCAGCAGCAGCAAAAACACAGCAAUCUUGUAUAUCAAAUGCCUCUAUACCCUUACCGAAAGAUCAUAUCACAAUAAAAACGUAUUACGACAUGAAUUUACAUCCCCCAGAAAGUACAGAUUGGUUAAAUGUUUUAUUGGCACAGGCUAUCUUGCAGUACAGGGAGGAUGCUAAAAUUAAUAAUCGACUGAUCAUGGCUGUGGAUCAUAUUUUAAAUGGUGGCGUAAAGCCUAGCUUCUUGGGACCGAUACAGGUUACUGAACUCAAUUUAGGAGAAGAGUUUCCGAUAUUCAGCAAUGCAAGGAUAAGAAGAUCCGAUGAGGUUGACUCUAUGAAGGCAGAGAUAGAUUUCGAAUACAAUGAUCAAAUAACACUGGGAAUCGAAACACAGAUCAUACUCAACUGGCCCAAGCCAGCAUUUGCAGCGCUACCUAUCUCACUCGUGUUAUCUGUUGUUCGAUUUUCAGGCACACUUACUAUCGAACUCAUCAACCCACCACCGACGACUACGCCAACGAAAACGCCAUUACAAAGAUAUAUUGCAAUUUCAUCACACUCUGAUUUCAUACUGGACCUUGACGUACAGUCCUCGAUAGGUUCAAGAACAAAGCUAGAGGACAUACCAAAAUUGAGAGAUUUAAUUCAAACAAAACUUAGAAAUGUAUAUAUUGAUAAACUCGUCUAUCCCACUUUUGUGAAGAUUAAAGUACCCAAUCUAUGGAAAGACAAUGCUACCACUACUACCACCCCUACUACCACCACCACAACAACUCAUGCUGACUCUUUCACAACUACUACAAAGGAGACUCUAACAACAGCAUUAAAUUCUACUAGAGAGAAUAAUGAAGAUAUGUUGCAACCGGCUGCUGCAGAGAAACUGGAGGAGUUGGUAGAAGAUAUCAAGGAAGCAUAAUAAGCUACAAUAAAGCCAUUUGUACAUAGCAAUCUCGUUUGAGCUGUAGUAUAUCAAAUAAAAUAUCUUUUUCCCUUUUU